AUGUCUGCGAAAAGCAUCCUCGAGGCCGAUGGCAAGGCCAUCCUCAACUAUCACCUUACUCGGGCCCCGGUGAUCAAGCCCAGCCCGCUGCCAGCCCCGACCACGCACAACCCUCCUCCCAGGCUCGCGUCGCUGUACUUCCCUGAGAACGCCGACGUCAAUGCCGUGCUUGACCAGGCCGAGAUCACAUACCCGUGGCUCCUGCACUCGGACGCCAGGUUCGUGGCUAAGCCAGAUCAGCUCAUCAAGCGCCGCGGCAAGAGCGGUCUGCUGGCCCUCAACAAGACCUGGGCCGAGGCGAGGGCGUGGGUUGCUGAGCGCGCCGGCAAGGUGCAGAAGGUCGAACACACUGAGGGCGUUCUCCGGUCGUUCCUCGUCGAGCCUUUUGUGCCGCACCCGCCUGAGACUGAGUACUAUAUCAACAUCAAUUCGGUUCGCGAUGGCGACUGGAUCUUGUUCACCCACGAGGGUGGUGUUGAUGUCGGCGAUGUCGAUUCGAAGGCAGAGAAGCUCCUCAUCCCUGUCGACCUUACACAAUAUCCCUCAAACGAGGAGAUCGCUGCCACGCUCUUGAAGAAGGUCCCCAAGGGCGUGCACAAUGUCCUGGUCGACUUCAUCACGCGGCUGUACGCCGUCUAUGUUGAUUGCCAGUUCACAUACCUUGAGAUCAACCCCUUGGUCGUCAUUCCCAACGAGGAUAACACCUCUGCUUCGGUGCACUUCCUCGACCUUGCUGCCAAGCUGGAUCAAACAGCAGACUUUGAGUGUGGUGUAAAGUGGGCAAUUGCGCGGUCACCGGCUGCUCUGGGCAUCGUUGCUCCCACAACCAACCAAGGCACGGUCAACAUCGAUGCCGGCCCGCCGAUUGAGUUCCCUGCGCCCUUCGGCCGUGAGCUUUCCAAAGAGGAAGCUUACAUCGCCGAGCUCGAUGCCAAGACCGGCGCCUCGCUCAAGCUGACGGUUCUGAACCCUAACGGCAGAAUCUGGACCCUCGUGGCCGGUGGUGGUGCCUCGGUCGUCUAUGCCGAUGCCAUCGCCUCAGCCGGCUUCGCCGACGAGCUGGCUAACUACGGCGAGUACUCCGGUGCGCCCACCGAGUCUCAGACAUACCACUAUGCCCGGACCGUGCUCGAUCUGAUGCUCCGAGCGCCGAUGAACCCCAAGGGCAAGGUUCUCUUCAUCGGUGGUGGUAUCGCGAACUUUACCAACGUCGCCAGCACUUUCAAGGGGGUCAUCAAGGCGCUCAGGGAGUACGCCAACGUUCUUAAUGAGCAUAAUGUGCAGAUCUGGGUCCGCCGUGCCGGCCCCAACUAUCAAGAGGGUCUUAAGAACAUGAAGGCGGCGACGCAGGAGCUUGGUCUGAACGCCAAGAUUUUUGGCCCCGAGAUGCAUGUCUCGGGCAUUGUGCCCCUGGCCCUCAUCCCGGGCAAGUGGGAGGAAAGCAAGGCUCAGGAGUUCCAGGGUUAA